CACUGUCCCCCCUGCUAGUAAUUGCAAUUAAACAGGAAGAAGGAUACCUGAUAGUGUGCCUGAAAUUGUAGUGGGAGACUCCACCAUAAACACAGGAAAGAGUGGUGGUGCCCAACAUUAAAUAUUCUCUAAUGGCUAGUUUCAGCUUUCCCAAAGAUAUCCAAUCGUCCCUGCCCCUUCCUGCCGCGAAACUGCCCGAUGGAACAAACAUGUUCCAAUGGAAAGGCAUCAUGCUCAGCCCCCAACUCCUGCAAGCAGCAAUAACUGCGGAUAAACACUUCUCAGCGCGCUCUACAGACAUUUUUGUGGCCUCAUACCCCAAAUGUGGCACCACUUGGCUCAAGUCCCUCAUCUUCUCCAUCAUCAAUCAACACAGCCUCAACCAAGAAAAAGAGUCGCCAAAUCCUCUUCUUUCCACCAGCCCGCAUGACCUAAUUCACAAUCUAGAGCUUGAAGUAUACUCAAUGGACCCGAUUCCCGAUAUUACUGGCAUCCCAUCUCCUAGGCUCUUUAGCACUCACCACUCUUACGGCAGCUUGCCUGAGUCGUUGAAACAUUGUGGUUGCCAAAUUGUUUACAUAACGAGGAAUCCUAGAGACAGUAUAGUCUCGUUUUGGCACUUCACGAAAAAGUUCUCCUACCAUGGUUUGGAAUAUUUGAGUUUUGAGGAGACAUUCGAGAGAUUUUGCGAGGGUGCUCUUCCGUUUGGGCCCUUUUUCGAGCAUGUACUACAAUACUUGAAGGCGAGCAAGGAGAUGCCCGAAAAGGUUAUGUUUCUUACCUAUGAGGAAAUGAUCGCUGAUACCAAAGGCGUUGUGAAGAGGGUGACUGCUUUCCUUGGAAGGCCAGUUGAGGAAGAGGUUGAGAAGAUAGUGGAAAUGUGCAGUUUUGAAAAGCUGAGUAAUUUGGAGGUGAACAAGAGUGAGGAGAAUACAUCUAAAAGACGUUAUCCCAAUAACGUCUUUUUUAGGAAGGGGGCGGUGGGAGAUUGGAUGAACCAUUUUACGCCUGAGAUGAUCGAGCGGCUCGAUCACAUCACUCAGCAAAAGCUCCAAGGGUCAGGAUUUGAGUUUAGGUUCGAUUAGGAUGUGUACAUCUCUUUCUUUACCAGCAGUUUCCCCAUUCCUUUGUGUUUUUUUUACCAGGUUUUGGUUUGCAGUCCAAUGUUUAGACGAGAAAUAGGGGUGCUAUGUGUGUGUUCCAAUUCUAUUGCUUCUUGUGCUUGUAAGAAUCUCCGUUCCUAUUUAAUAAAGCAAUUGCUAUUGGCCUA